AUGUUUUCAAAAUAUGAUUUUCUGAAGGAUGUCAAUCCUGCCAAGGAGGACUGGAGGAUUACGGUGAAGGUGGUUCGGGCUUGGAAAGUUCCGAACUAUCAAUGUAGAGAUUUUGACGACAAUGUUGAAAUGGUUUUAUUGGAUGAACAGGGUGGUAGGAUCCACGCCACUGUCAAAGGUUCUUUGCCGGUGCGGAAGAAAAUCCAUGAAGGAGAGGGUCACAAGCUGGAAUGCACUUUUUGGGAGCAUUAUGUGGAUGAGGUGCAAUCAUUUUUGGAAAACAGCGACACUCCUCAUAACAUCUUAAUAGUUCAGCUGGGAAGGAUCAAAUAUUUUAGGGGUAAGGUCGGUUUAACCAAUACAAAAUACACAACAAAGAUUGUCAUUGAUUCAAAGGUGCCAGAGAUUGUUGAGUUCAAAAAACGUCUUUCAACUGAUGGUGUGGAAAGUAGUAUGAGGUUGACUCAGUUGUCUACUCAGUCCUCAUAUUCGUUCGAAAAUGAUUUUCUUAAGGAGACUGAAAAGAAGUCUAUCAGUGAUGUUAAGCUUUGUGGUGAGGUUACGACAUGCAUCACGUAUGGGACUAUACAAUCUAUUGAGAGCAAAUACAACUGGUGGUACAAGUCUUGCAAGAAAUGUCCAUUUUCUGUUUGUGAGGAUUUUGAUAAGUGGUACUGUAAGAAUUGCCAAAAAUAUUGGGAUGAUUAUUAUCCAAGAUUUAGUGUUCAGGUCAGAGUUGUGGAUAACACUGAUUCUGCAUCAUUUCUUCUGUUAGAUCGAGACUGUGUUACAUUGUUGGGAAUAUCUGCUGGUGAACCGCGCGAGCGACAUUUUAAGAGGGGUGCGGAUUUGGAUCAAUUUCCAGAAGAACAAAAUGUUUUGAAUGAGAAGUCAAUGCUGUUUAAGAUAAAUGUGAAGCAGAAAGAUCUAAACUCAAUGUUCAUUAAGUCUCUGAUCGAUCCAAAUGAGGAAACAAAUUUUGAUACUGCUCGCGAAAACAAAAUUGUAUCGUCGGAACCUGAAAAGGCUGCGGAUGUUAAGAGUCAGACCUGUGAUAGUGCUGACGUUGGUGAUGUUUCUCUUACUAUGUUGACACCAAUGAUUAAUUCUCAUUGUUCUAUUGCUGGAGAAUUUAAUUUUUCAGCUGUCCGAACUGCGAAAGAAAUAAAGCUUGAAAAGGAGUUACAUAUUUUCUGA